UUUAAUGCAAACCAGAUCACAAAUUAGUAAGCAGAAGUCUAAGUGACAUGUUAUUUUUGGCAAGCUGUCCAGCGAUGAAUCUGAAAGUGAUUCCUCCUCUGAGAGUGAAUCUCGUCUCAGGCAAUUAGCUAAUUCCUAUACUAAGUUGGGAGGGUUAUAAGCAAGUCCAGCAGAAGUAGUAUUGGUGACCGCUAUGAUGAGGAUCACCACAGCUCACCUAGUAAAGCAUUGUCGAAGAAAAUUGGAUUCAGAGCAUAUCGUGGAGGUGACCACAGAGAAGAGAGAUCAUUCGAAUUACAGAAAGGUGAUAGUAAAUCUCCUUCUCGUCCUCCACUAAAAGAAAAUUCGUGUGGGUUAAGUGCAAGCAGACCUGAUGGGAAGACCAUGGAUCCAAAUUUUGGAAAACAAGUUCAAGAAAUGAGUAAAAUGUUAACAAUUCAGCUGCACGAUGAGAAUGGGAAGAUGCUAUUUGGGUCAACUUUCUCAGUCGAUACAUCUAAGAAGAGCACAAUCCAACUCAAUAUCUUCCAGGACUCAAUAAUUGGGUAUAAGUCAAUGUAAAUCAA